UAACACCAUUGUCCAUUUGCUAUGUGGAUCAAUUUUAGUACUCCACCCGGUAGUACAGUUUACGAGAUACACUUGUUUUAAUAGUGCAAUUAAUUUUCGACGUUGGCUGAUUACACGGAAUGUAUAGUUGUCUCCUUUUCCCCUUUGCUGGAAGUUAUUUUUGAUUCGGCAGCACGGAGGGCACUCUGUUUUGGGUCCUGAAUCAGUAGUUCCUGGUCCACGUCUCCAAGAUCAUCAUCAUGGAGGAGGGUUGAUAGCAGCAGCAGCUGAGCAGAGUGUUUUACCAACACCGAAAUCUUCAUCCUUUUGAAAUUUCUUGUUCUUUGCUCGCCUUUUUACUGCCGGGAUCACAAAGCUACAUAUCGUGUGCAUAUCAAGGUCAGACACGUUGAAGGUCCAGAAUGUCUUGGUUGGCGGACAUCGCUGGGAAGGCAGAAGAUUUCUUGAACAAAGUGGACCAGGGGGCUGCGAGCGCUCUGAGCAAGCAGCAGGAGAGAGUGACGUUUGCCUACGACGCCGCAGACUCGGCCUCUCAGUAUGCAGGGGCGUACCACGGGCACGAGGCAGGGCCCCCUCGUGCCCCCCCCGAGGCCCCCAGCUUUGUCACGGCAGCUGCGGGCAACAUUAAGAAGCAGCAGGCCACUCUCUUGGCUGGCACCGCCAACGUGGCCAGCGCCCCCAGGCCCGCCCUCGGCACGAGCGACGCGGGCUCCUCGAGAGCUCCUUUCGUGAGGCCGAAGAAGACGGAGCCCGACGACGACCUGCUCUUCGAUUUCCUGAACAGCACGGACAAGUCCCUGACCGGGAAGCUGGACGCCAAGAGGGAGAAGCCCAAGGCCGCCGCCGCCGCCUCUUCGCAGGGCCUGUCUCGGGCCUCCAGCCUCAGCUCCAUCUCCACCAGCACCCAGAGCGUGAAGACCUCCGAGGACGGCUCCAGCAGGGAGCAGGGCCAAGACACGCCUGAGAGCUCGGACUCCGGCUUGGCGGGGUCUCAGGAGCCUGCCAAAGAAGAGCUGCCCACUGCGGAUGGUCCGGCUCUCCCAGGGAAAGACAACGGGCAAAGCCAGGUGCUGUCCAGCCUCCGCCUGGAGAACCAGCUGCUCCGCAACGAAGUGUCCUCUCUCAAUCAGGAAAUGGCUGCCCUUAUCCAGAGAUCCAAAGAAACACAGGAAGAGCUGACCAAGACGCGGGCCCGCGUGGACAAGUGGAAUGGCGACCACUCGCGGGCGGACCGCGCCGCGCGAGAGCUGCGCUCGCGGGUGGACGACCUCACCGAAGCCGCCUCCGCCAAGGACGCCCAGCUGGCCGUGCUGAGGGUCAGGCUGGACGAAGCGGACCAGCUGCUCCGGGCGCGCACCGAGGCCCUGGAGGCGGCGCAGAGCGAGCGAUCCAGGAUCCUGCAAGACCACAACGAGGGGAGCAGCCUGCACAACCAGGCGCUGCAGACCCUGCAGGAGCGGCUGAGGGAGGCCGAGGCCUUCCUGAAGCGUGAGCAGGAGAGCUACCGGCAGAUGCAGAGCGAGUCUGCCACGCGCCAGGCGAAGGUGGAGGGGGAGCGCCAGGCCCUGGCCGAGGCCCUGACCGCCGCGGAGAGGAAGAGCGCGGAGGAGAAGAGGCGAGCGGAUGAGCUGCAGCAGCAGUUGAGGGUAGCCCGCGGCGCCGCGGAGGCCGUCCGGCAGGAAAUGCUGGACUACAAACAGAAGGCCUCGCGUAUUCUCCAGUCCAAGGAAAAGCUGAUCAGCAGUCUGAAGGAGGGCUCAGGGCUGGAGGGGCUGGACGGCCACACAGCCAGCACGAUGGAGCUGGAGGAGCUGCGGCACGAGAGGGAUCUGCAGAGGGAGGAGAUCCAGAAACUCCUGGGCCAAAUCCAGCAGCUUCGCACAGAGAUACAGGAAGUGGAGAACCAGCAGCUGGCAGAGUCGGAAUCUUCCCGGGAGCAGCUUCAGGAGCUGCAGGAGCAGUUGACCACACAGAGGAGAGCCAAGCAGGAAGUGGAGGCUGAGCUGGAGAGGCAGAAACAGGUUUGCGUCUCAGCAGCUAGAGAGCAGGAACAGAGCAGAGCAACCCGGAAAACAAAGGGCACAGAAAUUGGACAGGUGCUUUCCCGCUCUCCGCUGCAGCUCACUAACAAAACUCUGAGCAACAGCAGCCAGGCGGAGCUGGAGAACCGGCUGCACCAGCUGACGGAGACGCUCAUCCAGAAGCAGACGAUGCUGGAGGCCCUGGGCACGGAGAAGAGCUCACUGGUCUUCCAGCUGGAGCGAAUGGAGCAGCAGCUGAAGAGCCUGCAGGGCAGCGCCCUCAACGGGCCGGCCAUCAGCAUGGCGGCGAUGGAGGGCACUGAGGGUGCUCGUCUAAGAAAUGUACCCAUCCUCUUCAGCGAUACUGAAAGCCCAGCUGCGGGAAUGUAUGGGAAAGUUCGCAAAGCAGCAAGUACAAUAGACAAAUUUAGCAUCAGGCUCGGAAUCUUUCUUAGACGCUACCCAGUGGCAAGAGUAUUCAUAAUUAUAUACAUGGCUCUUCUGCAUCUUUGGGUAAUGAUUGUGCUUCUAACCUAUACACCAGAAAUGCACCAUGACCCUCCUGAUGGAAGAUAGGAAGUUUAGUUUAAUAAUUUUGAAAACAAGUCCAUGCAAGCUGCAGAAUAUGGAAACUGCUAACCUUUCAAAGGAGCUGGGGCCAGAAGAACACCACGGACACAAACCCUUGCGUUUUCCCCUUCUCAAAUCCAAGGAUCUUCCAAAGCUCUUUCUAAAAUAAAUGCACUGCAUUUUCAUGACAGUAAAGUGCACACUUUUCAGUCCUUCUGGAGAAACAACUGACUUCUUGAACGUGAUCAGGGAAAUAAUCUUGAAGAUCAACGCUGAGUUUUAUUAUUUUUUCCUCUUUUCCUUAUACUGUCUUUGUUUUCAGUUUUCCUGUACAUAGAAAGAUUGUGUUUCUUAACCCUGUAAGAAUAUUACAUUUUAAUAAACAUUGUGGCAGAGGA